AUGGCGCUCCCACUGCCACCAGGGCUGACCCAGAACGAGGUCGCCUUCCUUGCCGAGAUGGAAAUGGUCACCGUCGUCCCACGUCAGCGCCUGGACAGCAUCGACCUGCUCGGUGGAAAAACACCACAACUUCGUCCUCCCCACCGCGCCCAGCUGCCCCUCUGGCUCGCCCUCCUCCUCAAGAAACAGCGCCGCGCCAACAUCGUCCCUCCAGCAUGGAUGCAUCCCGCCUCCCUUGCCGAGAUCAUCCACCGCGAAACAAAAGAAGAUCCCGAAGCUUUCUCCCCGCCACCACCUCCUCCCUCGCGCGCUCUGUACUCCCAGCCUGGCACCGCUCGCCGGCUAAACCCCAGCUAUCUCGAUGACUUUACGCAACCGCAACAAGACUCGCAACAAGAUCCGAACUCCAUCUUAUCUCCCCCCUUCCUCCCUUCCAACGUCGCCGAAUCCCCCGCCGGAUACCUCCCCUACCACUGGCUCGAGGUUGCCGAGGCUUUGCUCACACACGCCGGCGAUGAUAUGCCCGCCCCGGCUGGCGAGGUGCGAUCGUUACUGCGAGACUUGGUGGAAGUGCGCGCAGCCAAGAUGCGCAGCAGUACAUCAGCUUUGGAGGGGUUUGGUGACGCCUAUUUGACCUUGCGUGGCGUUGGUGCUAUGGAGUUAGCUGAGAACAGAUCCUUUCUGGCGGGCUUGGUGGAUGGCGUACGGAAGAUUGGGGCCAGCGCCGAGGCGACGAGAAGGGAAGAGGAAGAGGAGGCUAGGAGGGGCGGGGACUAUGGUGGUGAUGGGGAUGAGGAUAGUGAUGAGGAUAUGGGCCUUUGA